ACGAAGCCAUCGCUUGGCUGCUCUAGAUUCAUCAUGGAUGUUCAACAGCUCUUUACAAUUCUUAAGAAGGAAGCUGAAUGCCCACUGUGUUUGGACACAGUCAAUAAACCCAAGACUUUGCCAUGUCUUCACUCAUUUUGCCUCGAGUGUCUCGAUAAACAUGCAGGCUUCGCAAGAAGACAACUACAAGCGACAAUCAAAUGUCCGGUUUGUCAGACAUCUUUUAAAAUCCCAGAAGGAGACUCGUUCAAGAAUUUGCCUGCAUCUUAUCAUCUCAACCGAUUGGUGGAUGUUCUCGCUCUAAAAGAUGGCGGCACACAGGCCCAGCAAUGCAGCAACUGUGAUGAGAACAACACUGCUUCCUCUUACUGUUUCGUCUGCCAAAUAUUCCUCUGCACUUCUUGUUUUGAAGCUCAUCAGCGCCUGAAGAGCACAAGAGGUCAUCGCAAUGUUGUGAUGGAGAAAUUAAAUGUGCAAGAUGUUCAAGAGUUGAUCCUCAGACCCGCCAUGUGUUCACAGCAAUAUCACGAAAAUCAGCAGCUGGAAUUUUAUUGCGAAGAAUGUAAAGUUCUUAUUUGCCACAAAUGUAGUGUAGUGAGCCAUAAUCGACACACCAUAACAGACACUCAAAAAGCCGCACAAGAACAGAAGAUGCAAAUGAAGGACGCUUUGGAGAAAGUGAAAGCGGAAACUGUAAUUUACGAGAACGAAAUUAGGAAACAAACUGAGCUAAUGGACAAAACCAAAAAUGAGAUUUUGUCAGCAGAAAAGAAGAUGGCAGAUACCGUGGAGGAACGUAUCCGUGAAUUACGGGAACAUGAGAGGGUCAUGAAAGCCAAAUUUGCUGAAAUUUAUGAAGCGCAACAAAAACAUCACGCGACACAACUAGAAAACUUUGGGUUGGUUCUGACUCAACUGCAAAGCUGCAUUGAGCGAGGUGAAAGCGCACUAGAAAGAAACGUCAGCGCUGAGAUUCUUCAAACAAAUCAGAUCAUUGUUGGACGCUGUGAAGAACUUUUGAAUGUAACAAAACCUGACNUUGGAGAAAGUGAAAGCGGAAACUGUAAUUUACGAGAACGAAAUUAGGAAACAAACUGAGCUAAUGGACAAAACCAAAAAUGAGAUUUUGUCAGCAGAAAAGAAGAUGGCAGAUACCGUGGAGGAACGUAUCCGUGAAUUACGGGAACAUGAGAGGGUCAUGAAAGCCAAAUUUGCUGAAAUUUAUGAAGCGCAACAAAAACAUCACGCGACACAACUAGAAAACUUUGGGUUGGUUCUGACUCAACUGCAAAGCUGCAUUGAGCGAGGUGAAAGCGCACUAGAAAGAAACGUCAGCGCUGAGAUUCUUCAAACAAAUCAGAUCAUUGUUGGACGCUGUGAAGAACUUUUGAAUGUAACAAAACCUGACAUUUAUAAACCACCCCACGUGAAUUACAUUGUCGAAAAUCAACUGAACCCGGGUUUGGACCGAAUUGUGGUUAGUAAUACAGAUCCUUUGCUUUCCUUAGCGGAAGUGGACAAUCAAGAACUUGUAAGAGAGAAAACGGUGGCAAAUUUCAUUAUUGUAACUAGAGAUUCAAGUGGAAAGCAGUGUUAUCAUGUAGACGAUCAAGUAAAAGUCAACAUUAUAACUCCAGCAGAUGAUCAACUGGAAACAGAGAUAAAAGACACCAAAGGCGGCAAGUACACAGUGACAUACACACCACAGUGUGUUGGACAACAUAGAGUAGAGAUCCAAGUUAAUGGACAGCCGCUGACUGGUAGUCCCUGGGUUGUGCAGGUGAUUCCGCAUCAGUAUCAAUUUGCGUUUCAAUUUGGAUCAAAAGGAAAAGAGCAACGACAGUUUGACUGGCCUUGGGGUAUUGCUGUGAAUGAUAAAACUAGAACACUUGCUGUUGCUGAUUUAAACAAGAAGAGAGUUCAGAUGUUUAGCUUUGAUGGGACUUUCCUGAGAGAGAUUGCACUGCAAGCUGGCUCGUGUUCGGUGGCUUUUACCGAGUCUGGUGACCUCCUUAGCUGUGUCUCUGGUGCCGACAAUAAACUUCCCUUGUACACUGAGGGUGCUCAAUUCAUUCGAUACAUCAGCGAUGAACAUGUCAAGAGCCCGUGGUACAUAUCUGUUGGGGGUGAUGGUCGCAUAAUCACAUGUGACUUUGGUGACAAAAAAAUCAAAGUUCUCAGCCCUGAUGGGAAAAACUUACUUCAGUCGUUCAGUGCUCCUGGUUGUGAUACGAGACCAUGGUGUUCUGUUAAUCAGCAGGACAAAUUUUUUGUCUCUUAUUUAGAAGCUAACCGUGUCAUGGUAUUUAACAACGCAGGGGAGUAUCUAUAUGACAUUGGCAGUGAGGGAUCUGGUGAGGGGCAGUUCGCGUUUCCCACUUAUCUCGCUAUUGACAAGUUUAACCGUUUGAUCGUUUGCGAUAGGGGAAACAGAAGACUGCAACUUUUCACUCCUGACGGAAAAUAUCUCGCUAAAGUAGCCGGGAGUGUUUUUGACCAUAAUAGUCAUCUUGCUGGUUGUGCCGUAUCUAAUACUGGACAUUUGUUUGUUACAGAUGACAACAAACACUGUAUUUAUGUUUUCAACUAG